AUGCCUGUGGCAGUAGGACCAUAUGGACAGGGCCAGGGCCAGCCCAGCUGUUUUGACAGAGUCAAAAUGGGCUUCAUGAUGGGCUUUGCGGUUGGUAUGGCAGCAGGUGCCAUGUUUGGGACCUUCUCUUGUUUAAGGAUCGGAAUGAGGGGCCGUGAACUGAUGGGAGGAGUGGGCAAGACCAUGAUGCAAAGCGGGGGGACGUUUGGAACGUUCAUGUCCAUUGGGAUGGGAAUCCGCUGCUGAAGAUUGUCUCCAAUUGUCACUUAUCGAACUUCCAAAAUGGGACUUUUAUAACAGAGCAUGGCGUCUCUGAGAUUAAGAUUAAUUCUUGAUUAAAGAUGAUUGGGGAACUCCACACUAGCUGUUUUUUUAGUUCAGUUUAAACAAUAUCUUGGGAAAUGCCUGACAAUGUCACUAUCUCUGUAGAUCUGCUGGAACAGAGUCUUUGUGGCUCUGUGAUGGGCUAAGUUUGUCAAAUAAAAGCUGUGAUUUCAAAUUC